AUGGCCGGCGAGGACCGGGGCGCGGUGAGGCUGGUGCUGCCCUCCCCGCCGGGGGCGCCCCGCGAGCGGCCCCACCUGCUCCCCUGCGCGGUGCACCACGACGGCGCGGCCGCGGUGCGCCGCUACUUCGCGCCGGCCAUUCGCCCUGCAGACGCGCCCGGAGCAGAGUUAUCCGUGUCCUUCCGUGGGCGAAGUCUAAAGGGGAAGGAAGUCCAGCUGCCCGAGGGAUAUGUGGGGCUGGUACUAAAAGAGGAUGCCUCCGCUCUCUCGCCAUUGGAGGAACGGCAGGUGCGGGUGAAGUCAAGCUUUGACGCAGUGACGGUGUGGAAUUUGGAACGAGCCCCUGACAGCAUGGAUGAGAUACUCAUGGCUUUCGACUGGCCUAAGAUUGCUGAGGGGAGGCUUUGGAUGUGCUGGAGCUGGUUGAAGGCAUGGGAGACCUUGAUCAAAAGUGUGAGGUUUUACUGGGUUCCUGUUUAUAACAACACACUUAAGACAAUGUCAAAACUCAGCUGUGUCGUGCUGUCCUACCCCCCCCCCCGCCACAAAACAGCUAGAAUGGGGGGACUGCCUGAGAUUUAAGAAACCUUCACCUGAUAGCAAAAGAAUAGCUGUAACAAGCUUUCAGUUUGUACUGUGAAAUCUCCGUUCUUUGGAAGCAUGCCACGUUGCGUUUCAUUUUUUACAAUGCAAAAGAAAAGGAAAAAACCUAAGUAGGUUUAGGUCACACCUGGGCAGACUCUGCAGACAUUUCCCCUCCUUUUGGUUACAUUUCCUAGGCCGAUUCUGUUUUGUGAAAAACCAAAUAAAAAUACACAGAAAGGACAA